AUGGUCACCAAAGACUGGACAACGGGGACCAUCUUCUUAUCACAGACCAUUACAGGAGUCCUUGGGAAUUUCUCUCUUCUUUCUCAUUAUGUCUAUCUCUACUUCACAGGAUGCAAGUUUAGGCCCACAGAUCUGAUCAUCAAACACCUGACUGUAGCCAACUGUUUAGUCAUUCUCUCUAGAGGAGUUCCCCAAACCAUGACUGCUUUGGGGAUGAAGCAUUUCCUCAGUGACACAGCAUGUAAGCUUGUGUUCUAUGUGCACAGAGUGGGAAGGGAUGUGUCUAUUAGCAGCACCUGCCUCUUGAGCAUUUUCCAGGCCAUCACUGUCAGUCCCAGGAACACUCUGUGGGCCAAGCUCAAAGCAAAGGUUCCCAAGUACAUUGCCCCUUCUGUUAUCCUCUUCUGGAUGGUGAACAUGAUACUAAAUAUCCUAGUACCUAUUGGUGUGAGUGCAAAUUGGAGUGAAAAAAAUAUCACAAAGAAAACUGAUUACGGCUACUGCUAUUCAAUCACUGACAAAAUUAUAGAGUAUGGAACACUCUAUGCGGCACUGGUGUUAUUCCGAGAUGUUUUCUUCGUGGCCCUCUUGCUGUGGUCCAGCAGCUCCAUGGUUGUCACACUGUACAGGCACAAGCAGCAGGUCCAAUACAUCCAUGGGACCAACGUCUCCUCCAGAUCCUCCCCAGAGUCUAGAGCCACCCAAAGCAUCCUCGUCUUGGUGAGCUCCUUUGUGUCUUUAUUCACUCUAUCCUCCAUCUUCCAUAUUUGCUUGACUGCUUUAAGAAAUCCCACUUUGUGGCUGGUGAACACCUCUGCAGUACUUGCUGGGAGUUUUCCAGCUGUGAGCCCCUACAUUCUCAUGAGCCAUGACUCCAGAGUGCCCAGGCUCUGCUGUGCCUGCACCAGGAAUACAGAAUUCUGUACUUAG